AUGGCUAGUGAAUUCAAGUCUCAAGUGUUCUUGAGUUUCAAAGGCAAUACUUUCGCAGAUCAUCUCUAUGAAGCUCUAGCUGGAGCAGGUUUUGUAACAUUAAGAGGUGGCGAUGGAAACGAGGGAGGAGAAGAAAUCAAAUUGAAAUUACAAAAGGGUGUUGAAAAAUCAGGGAUUUCAAUUAUAAUCUUUUCAAAUGAUUAUGUGUCUUCAAGUUUGUGUCUUGAUGAGUUGGUAAUGAUCUUGAAUUGUAGUAAAAGGAGAUCAGUUCUGCCAAUAUUUUACCAUGUGGAUCCUUCUGAUGUUAGGAAACAAAAGGGGAGAAUUGGAGAAGCAUUUGAUAGGCAUGAAGAAGCUAAGGUUAGAAAAUGGAAGGAAGCACUCAAACAAGUUGCAGAUUUGGGAGGAAUGGUCUUACUAGCUGAUGGGUGA